AAACAUUUACAAAAAGUCGCCUCCAGCUGCUGAAACACUUCCUGUGCGGUCGGGGCCUGAAACCUGACCUGUUCACAGCUGACCUCUGUCACUCGGAGAGUUCGGCCUGUCAUGUCCGUCACGUUCCUGACGGUGUCUUCAGCCCCGUCCGUCAGGCCGACUGAGAGACGAGCGUCACGCUAAAACCCAAACUGUGGGUGGACGCUGAGACAGACGGACACACAGCAGCAGCAGCUGUGGAUCACAGAGGCUUCAGUGUUUGGCUGCAGGCCACACUGUGAGGAUCCUCACCCUCAGAGCGGUGCAGGGUCGGGGGGAGACGGGGGAGUCGCUGCAUACCUCUGCUCACUCGUAACCCCCAGAUUUGCCUCCUGCCGCCGCUGACCUCCACCACACGUUCAUCAGGGAGUGUGCCGAGGUCUGAGAGCCGCGCCGACGGGGAGGAAAUCCCUCUUUUGUUUCCAAGGAAGUCCAGCGUGUUGUUUGUGUGUUUAAUGGACGAAUCUGGAAACCAGACAGAAAGAGAAAGUAACGGACUCUGAAUGUCACGACUCUGUCAGCAGGAAGUGACCUCGCUGUACGUCAAAAUUAAAUCACUGCUUCAACUCGUCUGACCACAGGAACAGAAACAUAUGGAAUGACUGCACCGUGUGGACAAUAAAUAACAUACGAUUCAUCCCGUCACUCUCUGUGUGUUUGGUGUGACGCUGUCGGCGGCGACACUUGGACGCGUCCCCUCAGGCUGCUGGACCCCGCCGUGAGUUUGUUGUUGGUCACUGGAGCCGGUUGGAGCGGUGGAUGAACGGAGGCGUGGGGCGAUGGCGGUGAAUCUGAGUAAGAACGGUCCUGCGCUCAUGGACGCUUAUAAGGAAGUGGUGGAUGGCAACUUGGACACGAACUGGGCUCUCUUCACGUAUGAAGGGAACAGUAAUGAUAUCCGUCUGGCAGAUAAGGGAGGUGCUGAUCUGAGUCUGCUAAUGGUGGAGGAGCUGAACAGCGGGAAGGUGAUGUACGCUUUCUGUCGCGUCCAGGACCCAAACUCUGGACUGCCCAAAUAUGUCCUCAUAAACUGGACAGGUGAAGGUGUGAAGGACUCUCGGAAAGGAAUAUGUGCGAACCAUGUGGGCUCAAUGGCCAACUUCCUGAAGGGAGCCCAUGUGACCAUAAACGCCCGCGGAGAAGAAGACGUGGAACCGCAGAGCAUCCUGGAGAAGGUGGCCAAAGCCUCCGGAGCCAACUUUAAUUUCCACAAACAAACAGAGUACAAAGACGCUCCCAGAGGACCCGUGGGUUCGGUGUAUCGGAAGACAAACGCUGUGGAGGAAAUCCAACAAACCAAAAAGGACGACUUCUGGGUCCAAACUCAGAGGGAUGAAGAGGAGCGUCGACGGGAGGAGAUCCAACGAGCAGAGCUGGAGAGACAGACAGUGGAGAGGGAGAGGAGGGAGAUGGACGAGAGGCAGGCAAAGGAGAGGGAGAGGAGAGCAAAGGAGAGAGCUCAGCAGAUUGAGCAGGAGAAGUUGUUUCAGAGGCAGAGAGAAGAAGAAGAAAGACAGAGGGAGCAGCAGCGACAGAACCAGCCAGAAAAUGGAUGCAAGAAGUCGGGAAUUAACUCUGCUGCCUCGGUGCAGAAAGCUAACGAGGCCAAAUCGCUGAUUUCUCAGAGGUCAUUUAAUCCCAGAGACAUAUUCAAGCAGAGGGAGCAGAGCUUUGAGUCCAACAACCGACUGUCUCCUGCUGCAUCCAGACCCGGGAAGCUGCAGAGUCCGUUUUUAUCCCAGAAAUCCUUGGAGAGAGAAGCUCCGCUGCAGCCUCAGUAUCCAGCUGAGACCCCCCUGUCCACCGUCUCACCUGAGCGGUCUCAUUCAGCUGACCAACCUGUGUUCCCGCCCUACUCCAUGCACCCCCUGUCUCCUGUCUCACCUGUCUCACCUGUGCUGUCUCAUUCACCUGCUCCAGCUGUGUCACCUACACCGCCGGAGACAACAGACUCACCUGUUCAGGCUGCAGAUGCUGUUUACACAGAAGAGGAGGAGUGGUCAGAUGAGUUUGAUGAAGAUGCAGAUGAACCUACUCCAGAGGAUCUGUACGAGGCACCACGUCCGUCAGCGGAGACAGAGGACGACCUGUACGAGAAUGUCUACCAGCACAUCCCCACAGACGGAGACCAGGAUGUGGGGACCAGUGGACAGGACAUCAGAGCCAGAGCUCUGUAUGACUACCAGGCCGCGGACGACACUGAGAUCACCUUUGACCCUGACGACAUCAUAACGGGGAUCGAGAUGGUGGAUGAAGGCUGGUGGAGAGGAUACGGACCUGACGGACACUACGGCAUGUUCCCCGCCAACUAUGUUGAGCUUCUCUAGGUUUCAUCACUCUCUUCAUGUUCCAUAAACACUGAAAAAGGUCUCAGACAGGAAGUGGAAGACAGUAAUCAUAAUAAAAAGAAAGUCUGGUAUUUUUCAACUUGGA